CACAAAUGUCCUUAUAUUUUAGAUGGUUAGUGUUGAAAUUUUUUGUUUAAAAAUACAUUUAUCUUAAAAAAUACAAGUAAUUUUAAACCAGCCAUUUUUUUUACGAUAAAUGCCAAAAAACACGAAGGAAAAAAAAGAAAAACAAUUUGACAUAACAGCUGUCAUUUUGCAUUCCAAACAUAAUUUUAAGAUCAUGAGCCUCGCUGCUCAACAAAGACGGAUACGUAAAAAAAGACGGAUAUUGCAAUAAAGCAUAGGAGUAAAUAGGACAGACACAAAAAUUCAAAACAAAAUUACGACGCUUUACGUCUGGAACGCACUCUGUCAUUAAUCAACAGUCCGUUCUGUGGGUCGUACUUGUAGAUAAAAAUAAUAAUUAAUUGUAUUGUAUAUUAGUUAAAAUUACGAAAAAACGUGUUAAGUGAGCCUAACGCCAUGCCCUACGGUGACCUGUGCCGCUGCUGCCUGUUGCGACCUCCUGACAGAGGCUUGAAGACCCAGUAUUCAAUGGUGGGAAAGUCAGAAGUUUAUGCUGAUAUGCUUAAGGAAUGCUUUGAAAUUCAGAUGUCAUGUACAGAAGAGAACGAGAUGGGUAUAUGUGAGAUUUGUGUCACUCGGCUGCGGGAUGCCAGUGACUUCAAACUACAAGUCCAACAGUGCCAGAAACAGUUUAUGACUCAAUUAAAAGGUUUUACUGUUAAAGAUGAAACAAGUCCAAAGGUGAAGGAAGAAUAUUUAGAUUUGGAUGAUGACAAUGACAUAUAUUUCUUGGAACUUAAAGAGGAAGCCUCCGAUGGUUUCGAGUUGAAGGACGACGAUGACGACAAGAAGUUGGCUGAGAUGUUCGGCUUCACUGACGUCACUGUGAAGAGGACCUCCGACAGGCGCCGGACUAAGAAACGACUGCUGCUUGACAACGGACGUAAUGAGCUGAAAGAGGAAGUCUCAGAUGACUUCGGCUUUAACGAUGAUGAUGACGACAAGAAGUUGGCGGAAAUGUUCGGAAUAAAGCGGAAGAAUAAGAAACGGCUGCUGCUUGACAAUGGACUCAAUGACUUAAACCCGAAGUCUCGUAUAAAGUUAUCUCUCCAUGUCGGGCAGUCGCGGUUACUAGCGAGUCCGCGACGCGACGGCGUGUCGGACGCCAAGAAGUACCGCGCUAAUGUAGAAGCGCUGUUGAAGUAUUCUAACUGCACGCCUUUUGGGACUAAGACUAUAGCUGGAAUCCUAUGUGCCUACUGCAAAACGACCUACAAAGACCUACCUCAUUUACGAACACAUUUACAGGAAGAGCAUAAAUCCGACAGCCUCAUAGACAACAUGAGAAUGGACAAAAACAAUCUAUCUAUCAAGAUGGACAUUACAGACUUAACCUGCAAUCUAUGCCAAGCAAAUAUCAACACUAUAGCUAAUCUAAAAGAGCAUUUAAUUAAAGAACAUGAUAAAAAAUUGUAUACCGAUGUCAAUGAUUAUAUUUUAGAGUUUAAGCUGACAGACGGUGAGAUUCUAAACUGUGCCCUCUGCAAUUCAACUUAUGAAACUUUCAAAAUGCUGUUACAACACAUGAACGGACAUUACAGGAACUAUAUUUGUGAAAUAUGUGAUCUAGGAUUUAUAAAUAAACAUAAAUUAAAAGGUCACCAACGGACACAUGAGAUUGGCAAUUUUAACUGUUCGUUCUGUGAUAAAGUUUUUACUACUCGGGUUAGGAAGUUGUGUCAUGAGAAAUACACACAUAAUUCCGGUGCUAGGUACACUACAAACUGUCCACAUUGUGAUCAGUCGUUUACAAGUUACUAUAGGCGAAACAGACACAUGGCCGUUGAACAUAACACAGCAGCCGCUACAUACAAAUGUAAUAUUUGUGUCAAAUCUUUUAUUUUGAAGUCUAAAUUAACUUCUCAUAUUAAGAAAGUACAUUUAAUGGAGAGGAAUCAUAUUUGUUCGGAGUGUGGUCAAGGGUUUUUUAUCAAGCAAUCUUUGGAUGAACAUAUGGUCAAGCAUAACGGAGAACGAGUUUUCAAAUGUACCGUUUGUACUAAAGCCUACGCCAGAAAGAAAACUUUGAGGGAACAUAUGAGAAUUCACAAUAAUGAUAGGAGGUUCAAAUGUGGGAUUUGUGCGUUGGCUUUCGUUCAGAAAUGUAGUCUGAAAAGUCAUAUGUUGUCUAAUCAUAGUAUGACGUUAGCUGAGUAUGAGAAUACUAGGUCAGAAGUUAGUCCGUAGCGAAGACUAGAAAGCUCUUAAUGAUAUAUUGGUAAAAAAAAAUUAAGUAUAGGUACCCCAUUUGAGCCCGCACUUAAUUAAAGAUGAACAGUCUUGAGAUGAAUUCUGAGUGCUGAUUCCGAGUUUUGUAAGUUUACGCGCUCGAUACGUAAUUAUAACUUGGCUGAAGUAAAGAGUUCUAUACUACAUCACAUGAUUAGAAGCACGUUCAUUCAUUUUUCCAGAUAAUGACGUUUACUAUUUCGCAAGUGAGCGCGUUUAUAGUACAACCAAGUACCGAUGACAGCCUUUACGAAAUAAACAUGUCAAAAAUGAAUACUACGUAAUUAAGUUGUAUGAUAAUUUACGCAUCGAGAAAGUUCACUUGCAAAACUCGCACUAG